AUGAAAUCCAACCUGCAUGAGAACCUGCAGCAGGCAGGGCUGCUGUUCGGUGGGGCUUCUUGGGUUGGAACUGCGCCUUGGUGCAAAGGAGAGUGCGCUGUUGGAGAAGUCGAAGCGGCUGUUGCCCCUUCAGGACAAUUUACUCAUUGCGCGUCCCUGUCCAACUUCGGCGGUGAUUGUUAUAUUGGAGAAAAGGCACUUUGCACAAGCCAAUAUUCUUCUUCACGACUCGUGCAUUUCGUGUGCGCUUUGGGCUAUCCAUCCAUACCAGUUCCAGGUUGGACAUAUGAGGGGUAA